UUUUAGACAUACACCCGAAGUCCCAACCUAGACCAAACCUGAAUUAGUACUCCUACUCCAAGUCAAAAUGACUCCUCUAUUUGUGCUAUGCUACAUAAUCUACACCACUAUUACUUCAACUAUACUAUCACUCCUCCUCGGCCUCCGCCUCCUCCUCCGCCGCAUCUCCUCUGCCCGAACCUCGGAGGAGAUCGGAAAUGUCAUCGCACUAUACGAAGGCACAGUCUACCACGAGCGACGCCACCCGGCCCGCAACGCCUUCCGUUUCCCGGCUCGUUAUGCUCUAAUCGACCUCGACCGCCCGCCCUACUCCCCUCCCAACUAUCUCUCCGCCGACGACGCCCGCCGCGCCGCCAAGACAAACGGGCCCGUACAUCUUCUGAGGAUACCAACAAGUCUCGGAUAUGAAAGAAGUCCAGUUAAUUACUACUAUUGCUAUGAAAUUGAAGGCUCCACCAAAAUUCUCAAGAAAUGCCUCGUUGAGGCCAGCAAUACACCAUGGGGUGAAAGUGUGACAUUUGUGUUCAAUCCAAGCUCCGAUUUAGUCCCAAAAUCCGAGUACAUUAGCCCAUUCAUGGAUAUGCUUGGGAGCUGGAGGCUGAAAGUGAGCGAACCCGGUGAGAAUUUGUUCGCAUUCAUCGCAGUCGAACACCCACAGCUGGGAACCUAUUUCCGAGCCUCCUUCACGGCCACGAAAGUCGCGACUCCGAUGCCCAUUUCAUCGGAUGAUCUUGAGGCAUUCUUCUGGUUGAUGCCUCAUCGAGUCUCGAUCAUGGCCUAUUGGAACGCUGCGAAGCUGUGGUGGAAAAAUGUUCCCUUCUUUGAUCAUCCAAGAAAAGAGAAUCCAUCCUACAGAGACGAAGCGAUUCCGCUCGAUCAAAAGAUGCAGUUUUGUCCGAUUUUUGGAGGUAAUAAUUCGAAGGUUCGAUGUGAAGAACGAAUAGAUCGAUGCUUCAAGUGGAAGGAUGCUAAGAGACCUUGGUCAUAUCUCAUUUCUUACACUGGCAAAAUUCUGUAGAGUUUAAUAUAAUUAGGAGUAUAUGUUUACAGAAUUAUAGGUGGCCACAUGGUCGAUUUUUUAAUAUAGUAUAGCUUUAAAUUAUUAAAUAGACGAUUAAAGAUGAUAUGAUUAUUUUUUUA